CCAGCUAAAAAAAAACCGCCCCACUGAUCCGACUCAGAUCCGCGGGGGUGGGGAGUCAACAAGUUUGGAUUCGGGACUUCUGGAAGAAAAAAAACUAUGGGAUUCGAACUGGACCGCUUCAAGGGCACCGUGGACCCGGACUUCAAAUGCAACUUGUGCAAUAAAGUCCUGGAGGACCCGCUGACGACUCCGUGCGGCCACGUCUUCUGCUCCGGCUGCGUGCUGCCCUGGGUCGUCCAGCAGAGCAGCUGCCCCGUCAAAUGUCAGCGGGUCUCCGCCAAGGAGCUGAACCACGUCCUUCCCUUGAAGAACCUCAUCCUGAAGCUGGAGAUCAAAUGUGACAACCACGCGCGGGGCUGCGAUGCCGUGGUGAGGCUGCAGCAUCUGGCCGAGCACACCGAGAUGUGCGAUUACGCGCCGGCGAUGUGCAGGAAUCGGGGAUGCGGCGAGGUGCUCGACCCCCGGGACGUGGACGUCCACAUGCGGGAGACGUGCGACUGCCGACCGGUGGGGACCUGCGAGAGCGGCUGCGGCUUGACGCUCACCCACCGGGAGCAGAAGUCCGACGGCCACUGCUGCCUGAGAGCCCUGAAGGCGCACAACGGCGCGCUGCACUGCAAAGUCAUCAGCCUGGACCGGGAGUUCAAGAAGCAGAUGAUUCAAGCCAACAAGAGGGAGAAGUCUCUCCUGGCGCAACUUUCCGCCGUGCACGGAGAGCUGCAGAUGACAGCUCUGAAAUACCAGAAGAAAUUCACCGAGUACAGCGAGAGGAUCGACUCCCUCACCAAAACCGUGGCUUUUUCCUGCAAGGAAGGCGAGACUCAAAGCGCGACUGUCGUCCUUCUUCGUGAGGGCGGAUCUCUUGGUUUUAACAUCGUAGGAGGAAGGCCAUGCGCGGACGACAGCGACAGCCCUUCGAAUGAGGGCAUCUUUGUAUCCAAGGUCAUCGAGGAAGGUCCGGCGGACAAGGACGAGGGCCUUCAAAUCCACGACAGAAUAAUAGAGGUCAAUGGCAAGGACCUCUCCAAGGCCACCCACGACCAGGCGGUGGAGGCCUUCCGCACCGCCAAGGAGCCCAUCGUGGUCCAGGUCCUGCGCCGGGCCCCGCAUCCCAAAGCGGUCGGGGGCCCCGCCGGUGACGCCCGGGUCUCGGACAUCAGCACGCAGACCGACAUCACCCUCCAGCACAUCAUGGCCCUGACGAAGCUCGCCCCCGCUUCACCCCCCAUGACGGAGCUGGAGGAGUAUCUGCUGCCAGAGGAGCAUCCUCCACAUGCAUACUUUGACCCCAACGACUUUCUGGAGGUCAUGCAGCAGGACAUAGAGCGCGAGGAGCUGGAAUAUGAGGAAGUGGAUUUAUACCGAGCCCACAUCCAAGACAAGCUCGGCCUGACGAUCUGUUACAGGACCGAUGAUGAAGACGAGGCCGGGAUCUACAUUAGUGAGAUUGAUCCAAACAGCAUCGCCGCGAGGGACGGCCGAAUCAGAGAAGGGGACAAAAUCAUUCAGAUCAACGGCAUCGAGAUCCAGAACCGGGAGGAUGCCGUCUCACUGCUGACCAGCGAGGGGAACCAGAAUGUCUCGCUGCUGGUGGCCCGACCCGAGAUCCAGAUGGACGAGGGCUGGAUGGAUGAUGACCGGAACGACUUCCUGGAUGACCUCCACAUGGACAUGCUGGAGCAGCAGCACCAUCAGGCCAUGCAGUUCACCGCCAGCAUGCUGCAGCAGAAGAAGCGCGAGGAGGACAGCGGCACCACGGACACGGCCACGCUGCUGUCCAACCACCACGAGAAGGACAGCGGCGUCGGCCGCACGGACGAGAGCACGCGGAACGACGAGAGCUCCGAGCAGGAGAACCUCGGCGACGACCACACCACGGCCUCCAACACGCUGGGCAGCUGCCGGAAGCUCGCCUACAGCCAGGACACGCUGGGCAGCGGCGACCUGCCCUACGCCGACGCCGACUUCCUCGGCAUCCCGGCCGACGAGUGCGAGCGCUUCCGGGAACUCCUGGAGCUGAAGUGCCAGAUGCGCAACAGCGGAGCGCAGGGCCUCUCCGACCAGGGCGGCCCGGACCAAGAGGGCGCGGACAAGGAGCUGGAGAUGCUCAACGAGGAGCUGCGCACCAUCGAGCUGGAGUGCCUGAACAUCGUGCGCGCGCACAAGAUGCAGCAGCUGCGCGAGCAGUGCCGCGAGGCGUGGUCGCUGCACGACGACGGCGCCGGCGGCGGCGGCCGCGAGCUCUCCGACAUCACGGAGCUGCCGGAGAAAUCGGACAAAGACAGCUCCAGCGCGUACAACACCGGCGAGAGCUGCCGCAGCACGCCGCUCACGCUGGAGCUGUCUCCGGACAACUCGCUGCAGCGGGGCGCCGAGAGCCGGGGAGCGGCGGGCUCCGACGGCCGGCUCCCCGAGCCUCCGCCGACCCCCGGCCGAGACGCCGGCGGUCCCGGCCGGAGCGGUCGAGGCCCCGCCAAGGAUUCCGAGGGGCCGCCGCCGUCACCGUCGCCGCCGCCGGCAGAGGACAAGGAGCGGAAGCCGCAUUCGCCGUACAAGCACGCCCACAUCCCGGCGCACGCGCAGCACUACCAGAGCUACAUGCAGCUGAUCCAGCAGAGGUCGGCCGUGGAGUACGCCCAGAGCCAGAUGAGCCUGGCGAGCAUGUGCCGCGACGGCGGCCUGGAGCCCAAGAUGGAGUGGAAGGUGAAGAUCCGCAGCGACGGCACGCGCUACAUCACCAAGCGGCCGGUGCGCGACAAGCUGCUGCGGGAGCGCGCGCUGCGCAUCCACGCCGAGCGCAGCGGCGUGACCACGGACGACGACGCCGUCAGCGAGCUGAAGAUGGGCCGCUACUGGAGCAAGGAGGAGCGCAAGCAGCACGCCGUGCGCUCCAAGGAGCAGCGGCAGCGGCGCGAGUUCAUGAAGCAGAGCCGGGCGGACUGCCUGAAGGAGGACGACCGGAGGGAGCCCAACAUCAUCGAGCUCAGCCACAAGAAGAUGAUGAAGAGGAGGAGUAAGAAGAUAUUCGACAACUGGAUGACCAUCCAGGAACUGUUGACCCACGGGGCCAAGUCGCCGGACGGCUCGAGGGUGUACAACUCGCUCCUGUCCGUGACCACAGUGUGAGGGGCGUGCUCUGGGUCCGGGUGGGCGGGGCCAAGCCAGAGGAGGUCGGACUUGGGGGGGGGGUGACGGACUGUACAUAGGACGCUACCAGUUGGGGGUAGAGAUUCCUGCCUCGUUCAAUGUGGCAACAUUUUUGUAAAUAGGAAAUGAGGAGAGCUUUUCUGUGACCGCCGCGGCGAAGAGAAGGUUGAAUCACGACGGUCGGAGGAUGAUUUUUUCGAAAGAAGCUUGUUUCUUGUUUAUCAAAUUCUUUCGAUGACAUUUUCUACUUUUUUUUUUUGUGCUUGCUAUUUUUGAAGAUUGUUUUGGAAUCAGAAACACAAUAUGAGAGUUUUUGAAAGUGUUUUUUUUUUCUUUUUCUAAAGGUGUGUGAAGACCGCGCAUGCCAUACAUUAAAAAAAAGCCAGCAUUUACACUAUUUUACAUUGUUUUGUUCGUACUAUAUAUCUCUUAUCAGUAUUGUACUGUUAUGCAUACUUAAUGCUUUUUAUGGAAACAAUGCUUCUUUUUUCCCCCCUGCACGGUAGAACACAAACUCCUUUUCAAAAGGGCUUUUUGUAAAUUAAAAAAUAUAUAUAAUACAAUUUUUGUAACAAAUCCACUUUUUUUCUUAAAAUUUCUCUCGAAUGGUGCUGAUUUCCCAAAGUUAAAUACCACCCGCGAUGUACCAUCUGUUACAUAAUGUAGAGGACGUCAUAUUGUGCAUGUACCCGCCUUUUUUAGACAAAGAUGUUUCCUCGCAUUGGAAUGACAUCGUCCGUGUUUUUGUUCACACACGUCGGAGUCGCUUUUGCUUUCUUAGGGUUUCAUGUAGCGGACGGAAUAACAGCUUAACAAAUCCUUAGUUAGCCUCACAAUUUGAUGUCUUUGUAAAAUGAGAGAAAUAAUAAAUUAUUGUUUUAUAUAUGA